GUUUGUUGAUCGGCUCUGGUUGUGCCCUCUAUCCUCUUGGCUGGGACAGUGAAGAAGUCAGACAAACCUGUGGUAACCUUUCCAACCAGUUUGAAUUGGGGACCUGCCACAUCGGCUGGGCCUACUACUGCACGGGCGGUGGCGCGGCGGCGGCCAUGCUGGUGUGCACCUGGCUGGCCUGCUUCUCGGGCAAGAAGCAGAAGCAGUACCCGUACUGA